CCCCCCCCCGGCUCUCUCUCUCAUAUAAUUAGCAUACUUUGGUAUAGUUGUCGGUGGAGCAGUAGCACAGCAUCCUAUGCAAAAAUACCAAGCUCACAUUUGUCCUUGUAUAAGAUCACCUGAUAUUUAUGGGCUCAAAUUCUUGUGGUCUAUACUCUACACUCAACUGUUUUCCAAUUCACAGUUUCUACCUUCCACGUCAAGGUUUUGCUGCAUUUAAGUCUUGACAGUUUCUACAUUAUCAAGUCGCCCCCCCCCUCCCCCACAAUCUCUCUCAGCUGCUUUGAUUGGAACAUUAAUGGUGGAUGAUCCUUUAUAGCUGUUAACAUCUUCUUGCUAAGCCAGGCUCAGUAUAAACAGAGAGUGAAGUGAUGGACAACAAGACAUGGCUUUGGAGGAAAAGAUCUUCUGAAAAGACAAUUGUGGCAACGAACAAAUUUGGCAUUUCUGUGAAAGGAAUCGAUGAAGAGACGCAGAAUAUUCCGGCUGGGAAUGGAUUAGGACCAGUUAGACGAAAUUUAAACGAAAAGUUAGCUUCUGUGCUUCUUGAUUGUCAUGCAAAAGAUGAUCCCGUGACAGAAAAUGAAAAAUCAGAACAAAGAGCUACUGCAGGCCAGGAAAAGACAGAAGCAGAAGUAGAUUGCCUAAAGAAAGAACUGGAUGGAGCUCCGAGUCAGGGAGUAGCUGCAAAUGAAGAAUUAAGUCACUCAGAUGCCACAUUAAAGAAAUGCAUGCAGCAACUGAACUCCUUCCGAGAAGAACACGAGCAAAAGAUACACGAUGCUGUCAUGGAAGCAACAAGUGAAUUUGAGAGGGCACAGAAAACUUUGGAAGGGAAGUUGAUGGAGACAAGCAAAAGGCUUACAAAUUUAGCCAUUGAGAACACAAAUUUGAGUAAUGCCCUUUUACUCAAAGAGAAAUUAGUUGAAGAGCUGCAUAAACGUGCAUCUCAGACCCUUGCAGAAUUCAAUGCACUAAUGGCUAGAUUAGAUUCCACAGAGAAAGAGAAUGCUUUUCUGAAGUACGAGUUUCACAUGCUUCAGAAGGAACAUGAGGUUCGAAAUGAGGAACUGGAAUAUAACCGUCGGUCUUCUGAUGCAUCGCGAAGGCAACACUUGGAGAGUGUAAGUAAAGUCACGAAGCUAGAAGCAGAAUGUCAGAGACUUCGCACCCUAAUGCGGAAAAGGCUGCCCGGUCCUGCUGCUUUCUCAAAGAUCAAGAGUGAAGUCCAAAUGCUGGGAAAGGAGCCGAUGGAAUUAAGAAGAAAACCGAACCUCACCAGAGAUUUGGUACUCAGAGACCCCAUUAUGGAAAUUUCUCCAGAAAUUCCUGUAAAGAACAUUGAUUUCCUGAUCGAGCAAUUACGUGGUAAGGAAGAGGAGAAUAAAGUUCUCAGAGAAAUGAUGACCAGAAAGAAUGCUGAACUCCAAUCUUCAAGAAUCAUGUUUUCACGAACUGCUUCAAGGUUAUCUGAGGUCGAGGCUCAGGUUAUGGAGCUUUCUGGAGACCAGAAAUCCGUGGAGCUGACAAUGCAUAGCCCAUCAUCACGUGAACUCUUAUCUCCAAUUGCAGGUUCUGAUGCUGGAUCAUGGGCUAAUGCUCUAAUCUCAGAACUGGAACAUUUAAGAGAUGGGAAACUCAAGAGUCCGUCAGGACAUAAAGCCAUUGAAGUUAUGGACAUGAGUUUAAUGGAUGAUUUUGUUGAGAUGGAGAAAUUAGCUAUGGUUUCAACACAAACACCUUCUGCAGGAGGGAAUCGCCCUUCCUCAGCUGGCAAGGAACUAGUUCCCGUAGAACAAGAGAAACAAGAGAUCCACAUGAAAGAUGAUUCAACUGAUAAGUCUUUCGACUGGCUUCAGGUUGUUCUGAAUGCAAUAUUCAAACAGCAGCGUAUUUCAAAACGAAGUCUAACUGAACUCCUGGAGGACAUUAAUAUUGCUUUAGGUUAUAUAAAUCAUCCAAAUGUUUGCGAACCUAAUACAUCAGCAUUCUCAAGGCUUCCUGUGGAGUGUGAUAUUAGCGGUUAUAUCACUUGGAAGUCUCCAAGUGAAUCUUCGAUUGUGGAUUCACUGAAUGAAACUUCCAGGCCCGACACCCCAGUGAAAGAAACAAGCAAACAACACGAUCAAUCUAAUCUGACUGAUCUACAAGAAGAGAAUGAUAGACUGAAAAAUGAGCUGAAUAAUAUGGAAGCCAGGCUGCAUUCUGCAACUGAUAAGUCGGAGGCUCUGAUGAUGAAGCUCCGGGAAUCAGAACAAAGUGUUGAAAGGUUACAAGCAGAAGUGGAAAUUUUGAAGGAAUCAAAAGGAAUGAUUGAGGAUCAAAUUGAAAAUCAGAAGUCAAUCAAUGAAGAUCUUGAUACUCAGCUUACAGUUACCAAAGCUAAAUUGAAUGAGGUCUUCCACAAGUUCUCAUCUCUGGAAGUUGAAUUUGAGGACAAAAGUAACUGUUGUGAAGAAUUAGAAGCAACUUGUCUUGAGCUUCAACUUCAGCUGGAAAGUGCUGCAAAGGAAACCCUGAGCUGUGGCAUAAAUGAAGAGGGAAAACAACCACAAGAUGGCUGGGAGAUCAAGGCAGCUUCUGUAAAGUUAGCAGAAUGCCAAGAAACCAUCCUUAAUCUUGGAAAGCAACUGAAGGCUCUGGCUUCACCAAGAGAAGCAGCACUCUUUGACAAGGUUUUCACUACUACUGGUGCCACUGCCGCUGCUACCAAUAUCAAGAACAUGAACAGGCGCUUCUCCUUGCGUGAUCAAAUGAUAGCUGAAGAUAGAUCCAAAGCAAUUAUUCUCAGAUCUCCAACUGAAGAUGCACAAAAAUCAUCUCUUAACCACACAGAUAACGGUAAUGAAUUGAUCAGUCCUAAUGCCCUGGUAUGUGCCUCUGAAGCAUAUUUUGGACCAAAGCACAAAUCCGGUAAUGCUGCAGUUGGGGCUCUGGCUAUUGUUCCUAGUAAAAAGCAAGGAUUUGGUUUGCUGAGGAGCCUACUAAUGAGAAGGAAGAAAGGGGCUAGCAAGAAGUCACGAUCCUUGGUGAAGGUAUGACAAAAGGUGGUUGAAGCCCAGUUGGAAGAAACUCCUGUUCCAUGACAGCACCAAUUCAAACUGGACUAGAGAGCCACUGCGCUCAUGGUCUUGUGAUUGAAUAAUUUAAUGUUUCCUUUUCUUUUCUUGAUGAUUGGCGAUGUUGAUAAUGUGGGUAUCAGAUCUUUUUUUCCUUUUCGAGAGGGGGAGAGAGAGAGAGAGUGAGAAAUGUAUACUAGCUUUAAGUAUUGUGUACAUAUAUCUAGGUUUGAUGAAAUUAAAGAGCUUAAAGUGGCACCUGUAACUGAGAAUGGGAUGAUAUGCAUAUGCUGUCAUUGAUA